AUGCCCGAUCAGGACAGCCCGUACAGACCGCGGUCCCCCGACUUCUCGACCUUCGCCGCCGACCUGCCCCCCGAGCCAUACACUCCCCAGCACCACCCGCACGCGCCUCCCUAUGCCGCCUAUCCGCCGCAGCUGACCCCCCAGGCCUCCUACGACGCCUCGCCUUUCUUCAACCCGCACGUCCCGCGGCCCUCCGCCGCCGCCUACCCUCCCCAGCCGCCCUUUCCCCCCGCCAGCUUCGCUGACAUGCCACCCCAGACCCGCUCGCGAUCCCUCCUCCAGCACCAGCAACAGCCCCAACAGACACCACCUCCGCCUGCCCAAUACGACCCGCAGUCAGACCUCUCCGCCCCGCAGCAGCGGCAGCCCUCUCUUCCGGCCUCUCGACUCGCCCAGCCGCCGCCAGGCCGGAUUCCGCCGCGCGUGGGCUUGCCCACGACCCAGAAAAUGGACCAGGAGCCCGGUGCCGGCCCGUCGUUGGGCAUUGAAAUCAAAACCAAGUUUCCUGUCGCGAGGAUCAAGCGCAUCAUGCAGGCAGAUGAGGACGUGGGCAAGGUGGCCCAAGUCACACCCAUCGCUGUUGCCAAGGCCCUGGAGCUCUUCAUGAUCACUCUCGUGACAAAAGCCGCCCAGCAGGCCAAGGAUCGCUCCUCCAAACGAGUUACCGCAACCCAUCUGAAGGAGGCUAUAGCCCAGGAUGAGGUCCUCGAUUUCCUCGCGGACAUUAUUUCCAAAGUUCCCGACCAGCCCGCCUCCAAAAAAGACGACGACGGGAGCGACCCCGACGAGGGCCGGAAGAAGAAAGGAGGGGGCCGACGCAAAAAAGACGAUUCUGACGAAUGA